AUGGCACCUCGUCAUCUCGAACGUGUCCAGCAAUUCGAGUCGCUCCUCGCGCCGUUCCCGUCCAGCUCCACCUCGUCCCCCUCCUCACCAUCCGCUCCGCCUCCUUCUCUCGCCGCGAUAGGCGAGCGCGCACCCGGCCUGCAUCCCCGUGGGCCCCAGAGCGCCGAGCAGUGGCGGCAAGAUGAGCUCAAACGGUUGUGCUUCCACGGCAUCCCCGACGACCCCAAGCACCUGCGCUCUACCGCCUACGCAUUCCUGCUCGCCCUCCCUCCCCCGUCGUCCCUCGUCGAGCAGUACUCGGCCUUCCUCGCCGACAUCUCGACCCGCAUCUCGUCGCUCGCGCCACCCAGUGCAUCCGCACCACUCGCCAAGGAGGACCUCCUCUUGCGAGAGAUCGAGCAGGACGUCGACCGGACGUUCGGCGCCCUAGCCUGGUUCGGCGGCGAGGUUGAGCUGGGGGACGGCGAGGAGGUCCUGUGGGCGCGCCUCGAUGCGGUCAAGGCCGCCAGUCAGCAGCAGGCGCUGGCUCUCGCGGCCGACGAGGGUCGGGAGCACGUCUCGGCGUCGGUUCCGUCCUCGGCGCAGCCGCACACUCGCCGGCGAGCCCUCCUGCGCCCGCUCUUCGCCUACGCCUUCCUCAACCCGGGCGUCAGCUUCGUGCAGGGCAUGUCGUACCUCGCCGCCAUCUUCGCCUUCGUCUUCUCCGCCAGCCCCUCGUCGACCUCGCCGCUCGAGCGCGAGGCCGCCACCUUCUUUGCCCUCGGUGGCCUCCUGUCCCAGCUCCGCGACCUGUACGUCCCCAGCCUCGACACGCCCGCCGCUUCCGCGCCGACAGCUGUCGGCCUCGGCGCCACCGUCGCCCGGUUCAACUCGCUCCUCCUCUUUCUCGACCCGACCGUCGCCGACGCCCUCGACCGCAAAGACGUCGACUUGAGCGCUGUCGUCAUUCGGUGGCUCACGACCGUGUUCGCCAACGAGUUUCCUCUGCCCGACGUCGUCCGCAUCUGGGAUCGAGUGCUGUCGCUGUACCCGUCCGCCGAGGGUCCGCAAGCCGUCGAGACGCUGUCGCCGGUCCUGAGCCACCUGCUCGACCUCGCGCUCGCCGUCGUCGAGAUGGAGCGGCAGACGAUCAUCUCGCCUUUCGCUAAACUGCCCAAGAUCAUGUCGGCGCUGCAAGACCUGCGCAUCGAGGGCGAGGGCAUCGACACGCUCCUUCGCACGGCGGCCGACAUUCGCGAGCGUCGUGCCGGCCGCAGCACGCGGUCGAGUGUGACGACGACCCCGACUCGCUCGGCCACCGUGUUCGGGCGGCGCCUGUGGUCCGCGUCGUCCGCCAAGGCGACCGACGCUGCCGCCGCCGACUACGAGCUCGACGAUCGCUCGUCUGCCGCCGGGAGCGACGCCUCGCGCCCGUCUCGACUCGGGCAGCGGUUCGGCUCGCUCGCCUUCUCGUCGCCGCGCUCGUCCGCAACGGUCGACCUCGCCGACAACCUGACGAUGGUCGAGGGCAAGGUCCUGCCGCCUCCUCCGGCGCGCGUCGAUCAGCCGACCAACACGAUCGCGUCCUUGAUCGAGGACGAGCUGCGCGUCGAGGCCGAGUACGGCGUCGAGGACGAGGACGAGGAGGGCGGCGCGUCGUCGCUGCGGGACCGUGCGGCGUCGGGCUGGGGCGGCCUCAAGUCGUCCUUGUCUCGGUUCGCCGCCUCGGACGCCGCCGCCGCGCUGCAGAAGCGCGCGACGAACUUGCAGCUCGCCGCCGCGCAGUCGGCCUCGUCGGCCUCGGCUCGGCUCCAGUCGAGCGACGCGGCCGCCGCCCUCUUCAAGGCGCAGACCAACGCGUCGGUCAAGGCGCAGCUCCUUGCCGAGCAGCUCGCGCACGACGGGCCCGAGCGCCUCGUCAAGCUGCGCGACGCCGGCGGGCGCCUCGUCGCGAGCACCGGGUCCAACCGCGGCGGCGAGCGGCGGCCGGGCAGCCCUCGCGAGGCACCUUUCACGCCUCCCGGCGGGCCCGGCGACCGCGACAUCUCGCCCAUCUCGUCGCCUCGACUCAGCGCCGUCGACAUGGCUCGAGCAGGCUCGAACGGGCCCAAGCCGCUCCUGCUGUCGGGCGCGGCGCGGCGCGCCAAGAGCGACGAGGACGGCUCGCACGCCUUUGCACGGUCUCGCUCGCCGAGCCAGUCGCCCAUCCUCACCCGCACCUCGCUCCUCUCGCCCGACCUGUCGAUCCCUCCCUUGUCCCGCUCGACGUCGUCGCACGGCCGCAGCCUGUCGCACCUCGACUCGCCCAGCCGCUCGCCGGCGAGCUCGUUCCGCCCUCGCUCGCCGUCCCUGCAGCAGGGGUCGCCGAUGCAGGACGACGACAGCCCGAUCGUCAGCCGGCGCGUGCAGGACGGCGCGGCGGGCUUGCGGCGCGGCGGGCCGACCUCGUCGCGCUACGAUGGCUCGCCGAGCGCCGCCGCGGCGAGACCGGCCGGCGUCGGUCGCGGUGGGUGGAGCUUGACGGACGCGCCUGUGCGUGUCGGUGAGCCGAGCACGCAGCCGAGCCCAGGUCGGCUCCCGCCGCUCGAACUCGGCUUUGACCCGUCGACGCUCAGCGAGAGCGUCGAGGUCGGCUCGGCUGCGUCGCGCCUGGCGCGAGCGACGAUGCGCGACGAGCCGCAUUCCGAGGAGCCGACCGGGGCGGGGCGGCCAACGUCAGAGCCCGCGCCGGCGGCCGCCACAGAGCCUUUUCGUCCGCGACGCGAGUCGCCCUUCUUCCCUCCCUCUUCAUCUUCGAGCGCAGCUCCUCGCGAGGAGCCCUUCGUCCCGCCGACCGACCGGACCUCGCCUCCCCCACCACCGCGCGGCUCGUCCCUUGUCCUCGGCGCCCCGCAAGCCGCUCCGGCCUCGCCACCUCUGCCCGCACCCGUCACCGCCCCGCCUCGGCAAUCCUCCGUCGCCUCGCUCGACGACUCGGUCGCACCGCCAGCAGCUCUCGACGGCGACGCAACCGCGCCCGCACCGAGGCUGUCGCGACGGCCGGCGGCGCAACGCAGCGCACCUCGCGCCUGUCGCAGCGUCGGUCGACCUGUCGGCGCCCGAGGCCCGGCGC